GAACCACACAAUGGAUUCCGUGCAAAAUUAGGGCACACCGAAGCGGAGCACCACCCGCGAAAUCCUUAGCCAAAUUGAAGAUGACGAGAAUUCCUCUUCUGCGUUACUCUUCCAAUGCUAUUUCCCGUUCUGCUUCGGCAUUUACUAUCAGAGAUUAUUCUUCAUCUCGUACCAAUGUUGAGAAUGUCAAGUGUUUAGAUGAUGCUUUGAGUCUCUUCCGUCGAAUGGUCAGAACUCAGCCCCUUCCUUCUGUUUUUAGCUUCUCCAAAUUACUAAAGACUAUGGUAAAUAUGAAGCAUUACUCUUCUGUUCUUUCCCUUUUUCGACAAAUGCUGAAAUCUAAUAUCCCAAUUAGUGAUUCCAUCUUGAAUAUAGCGAUUAACAAUUAUUGCCUAAUGCAUUAUUCUGACUGCGGAUUUUCGGUGUUAGCCAUUUACUUGAAGAAGGGCAUUCCAUUUAAUGUUGUCACGUUUAGCACCUUACUAAGGGGACUCUUUGCGGAAAGUAAGAUAAAAGAUGCAGUUAACUUGUUCAAAAAGUUGGUGAGAGAGAAUAUUUGUGAGCCUGAUGAAGUCAUGUAUUCAAUUGUCAUGAAUGGGCUUAGCAAAAUGGGCCAUACUCAAAAAACAUUCGAUUUGCUUAGGGUAAUGGAACAAGGAAGCACUAAGCCCAACACAUACAUCUACAACAUUGUUAUAGAUGCUCUUUGCAAGGAUAGAAUGAUAGAUGAUGCAAUUAGCCUUUUUGAAGAGAUGAAACAAAAAGGCAUUCCUCCAGAUGUUAUCGCAUAUAGUUCAUUGAUUGAUGGUCUUUGUAAAUUUGGUCUAUGGGAGAAGGUUAAUACUUUGUUCUUCGAAAUGGUAAAUCUUAAUAUUUAUCCAGAUGUCCGCACCUUCAACAUACUGACAGAUGGUCUAUGCAAAGAAGGAAAAGUUGAAGAUGCUGAGGAGGUAAUGAGACACAUGAAUGGAAAAGGUGUGGAGCCUAAUGUGGUCACCUACAAUGUGAUAAUUGAUGGAUAUUGCUUGCGCGGUCAAAUGGAUAGAGCAAGAAGCCUUUUUGAUUCCAUGAUUGAUAAUAGCAUUAAGCCUAACAUUAUUAGCUAUAAUAUAUUAAUAAAUGGAUACUGUAAGAAAAAGAAAUUGGAUGAGGCCAUGCAUUUGUUUCAUGAAAUUUCUCGAAACGGAUUGAAAUUUAGCAUUGUUACCUACAAUACUAUCUUUCGGGGUCUAUUUGAAGUUGGAAGAACUGACAUUGUGCAAAAAUUCUUUGCUGAUAUGCUUUCUAUGGGGCUCAUACCCGAUUUAUGCACUAAUCGCAUUUUGCUCCGUGGUUAUUUUCAGAAUGAACUUGUUGAAAAAGCUAUGUCUCUAUUUCAUGAGUUGGAAAAAAAGAGAGAAGAUAUUGAUAUUGAACUUUACACUGUUAUUAUUGACGGAUUGUGCAAAAAUGGUCAGCUCGACAAAGCUCAUGCUAUUUUUGAGAAGCUUUCUUCUUCGGCAAUUGCAAUCAGAUAUUAUUCUUCAUCUCAUAGCAAUACUGAGAAUGUCAAGUGUGUAGAUGAUGCUCUGACUCUCUUUCGUCGAAUGGUCAGUACGCAGCCCCUUCCUUCUGUUUUUAGCUUCUCCAAAUUACUAAAGACUAUGGUAAAUAUGAAGCAUUACUCUUCUGUUGUUUCCCUUUUUCGACAAAUGCUGAAAUCGGGUAUCCCAAUUAAUGGUUUCAUCUUGAGUAUCGCGAUCAACAAUUAUUGCCUAAUGCAUCGUUCUGACUGCGGAUUUUCAGUGUUAGCCCUUUACUUGAAGAAGGGCAUUCCAUUCAAUGUUGUCACGUUUAGCACCUUACUAAGGGGACUCUUUGCGGAAAGUAAGAUAAAAGAUGCAGUUAACUUGUUCAAAAAGUUGGUGCGAGAGGAUAUUUGUGAGCCUAACGAAUACAUGUAUUCCACAGUCAUGAAUGGGCUUAGCAAAAGAGGUCAUACUCAAAAAACUUUUGAUUUGCUUAGGGUAAUGGAACAAGGAAACACUAAGCCCAAUGCAUUCAUCUAUAACAUUGUUAUAGAUGCCCUUUGCAAAGAUAGGAUGUUAGAUGCUGCUAUUAGCCUUUUUGAAGAGAUGAAACAAAAAGGCAUUCCUCCAUGCGUUGUCACAUAUAAUUCAUUGAUUGAUGGUUAUUGUAAACUUGGUCAGUGGGAAGAGGUUAGGACUUUGUUCUUCGAAAUGGUAAAUCUGAAUAUUUAUCCAGAUGUCUGCACCUUCAACAUGGUGACAGCUGGAUUAUGCAAAGAAGGAAAAAUUGAAGAUGCUGAGGAGGUAGUGAGACUCAUGAAUGGAAAAGGUGUGGAGCCAGAUGUGGUCACCUACACUGUGAUAAUUGAUGGAUAUUGCUUGCGCGGUCAAAUGGAUAAAGCAAGGAGACUUUUCGAUUCCAUGAUUGAUAAGAGCAUUAAGCCCACCAUUAUUAGCUAUAACAUAUUAAUAAAUGGAUAUUGUAAGAAAAAGAAAUUGGAUGAGGCCAUGCAUUUGUUUCAUGAUAUUUCUCGAAAUGGAUUGAAACCUUGCAUUGUUACCUACAAUACUAUCUUGCAAUGUCUAUUUGAAGUUGGAAGAACUGACAUUGUGCAAAAAUUCUUUGCUGAUAUGCUUUCUAUGGGGCUCACGCCUGAUUUAUGCACUAAUCGCAUUUUGCUCCGUGGUUAUUUUCAGAAUGGACUUGUCGAGAAAGCUAUGUUGCUAUUUCAUGAGUUGGAAAGAAAUGGAGGAGAUAUUGAUAUUAUGUUUUACAAUGUUGUCAUUAAUGGAUUGUGCAAAAAUGGUAAACUUGACAAAGCUCAUGCUAUUUUUGAGAAGCUUUCUUUAAUUGGAUUACUUCCAAAUGCGACAACAUACAAUACAAUGAUAAAUGGAUUUUGUCAUGAAGGGUUGUUAGGUGAAGCUAAAGAUAUACUAAGAAAAAUGGAGGAUAACGGUUGUUUGCCUGACAAUGUCACUUACAAUGUUAUUAUGCAAGGAUUUCUCAAGUUUGGCAAAAUUAGUGAAAUGAACACUUUUUUGAAGGAAAUGAGUGGAAGGGACUUCUCGUUUGAUGCAAGUACUGGAGAGUUACUAAUAAACGUUUCAGCAAAGGAUCCUUCUUUGCUUAACAUGAUACCACAGUUUCACUCAGGAAGUUAGAAGUAAAUAUUUAUUUCACUUGUUAUCAAUAUGAUGUAAUUUCCUUUUACCUUGGCCAAAGAAAUCGCAUCCAAUGGAAUGUCAGAAGGUGAAAGCACGACAAUUAGAACAUUGCUUAAGCUUUCCAAGCUAGCUUAUUUAAGAGGUACACCUGUUCUGAUUUUUAAUUCUUUUGCUGCUCUGCUUUUUGUUCUGGAUCAUAUUUUAUUGCAAUCUUAAUAUGAGAAGUAACAUGAGUUUCCUUAUGUGUGCACAUUAUAAGUCUAGGAUUAUCAUUUUCAGUGGUAUUUGGUUAUCUUCAGGUAUUAUCAUUUUCUGACUUUUUGAAUAUCAAUAACAAUUUCCUGUAACUUAGAAUUUGCUGUAGAAACAUUAUUCUUGAUAGUUUCUAAGGUCUUGAUUACAUCAAUCAUAAUUGUGACAAUAGAGCUGAUGUGACACCAUUGAGUACUCCAGGUCAGCUGAGAAGCUAAUUUCCUUGUUACGCGAGAGAGUGAAUUAUGGUGCUGACAUUCGUCCUGGAUUUAUGACAUCCGGGAUUCCAUCCAUCGAUGAAAUUGCUGACAGAAUCAAGAAGAUGCUUGCAGGAGACCAAUAUACUCUGGUUUACCGCUGAUUGUGGCCUCAAGACUCGCAAGUAUACUGAAGUUAAGCCGUGCUCUCAGCAGUGGCUGGUGAAUUGUUCAAUGGUCCUCCUGGAGCAUACUGGACUGCAGAGGAAGCAGAAGAUUAUGUUGCACAUCUUGCAUUAAUGACACCGGCAACAGUUUACUUGCAAAAGGCAACUGUUUCCCUCGGACUUGGAAGAUGAAAUCUCCAAAACCAAACAUUUCAUGGAAACUACGGAAGCUAAAUCUCCAAAACAGUCCACAGGUGCAGAAAUGGUUACUGCAUCUUUUGAGAAGUCACCUUCAGUGGAAUCAUUGUGCAAUCUGCCUAGAGCAACUAAAUCCUUAGCUGCAACGACACCAUCACAUCUCUCUCUCUCCCUCUAUCAUGUGGAAAAUUUAAUUAGCUGCUCCAGACAAGACAAACAUACCUGCUAAGAUUGAGCUUAUUUUACUAACAUUGCCAAGUCAGUUAAUCUUUCUACACUUGUACUGGUGACAAGUAAUUUCAUAAUGUACUUUCCUAUAGUUUUGGAUAAGAAAUCCAAUAAACAAUGAUCAUCAGAGUACAUACUCUACUAAAUAGCAGCUCAACCAUGUAGUGUAUCUCUUAUUAAUUUAUCUCUCUCCCUCUUUUAUUU